AUGCAUCACACAGCUGUAUCAUGCUGGCAGCCAUUCCUGGGUCUGGCUGUGCUGCUAGUCUUCAUGGGCCCCACCACAGGUUGCCCGGCCCGCUGUGAAUGCUCGGCACAGAACAAGUCUGUCAGCUGUCACCGAAGGCGUCUGAUGUCCAUCCCAGAAGGCAUUCCCAUUGAGACCAAAAUCUUGGACCUCAGCAAGAACCGACUGAAGAGUGUCAACCCUGAGGAAUUCAUGUCAUACCCUUUGCUGGAGGAGAUCGACCUCAGUGACAAUAUAGUUGCUAAUGUGGAGCCUGGAGCCUUUAACAAUCUCUUCAACUUGCGCUCCCUGAGGCUGAAAGGAAACCGACUGAAGCUGGUCCCCCUUGGGGUGUUCACUGGGUUGUCAAACUUAACAAAGCUCGAUAUAAGUGAAAACAAGAUUGUCAUUUUGCUGGACUACAUGUUCCAAGAUCUGCAUAACCUGAAAUCCCUGGAGGUUGGGGACAAUGAUUUGGUUUAUAUAUCACACAGGGCCUUUAGCGGACUGCUUAGCCUGGAGCAGCUCACCCUGGAGAGAUGCAACCUCACAGCUGUACCAACAGAAGCUCUUUCUCACCUUCACAACCUCAUCAGUCUGCAUCUGAAACAGCUCAACAUUAACGCUUUGCCUGCUUAUGCCUUUAAAAGACUGUUUCGCCUGAAGGACCUAGAGAUAGAUGCCUGGCCCCUCCUGGACAUGCUACCUGCCAACAGCCUGUAUGGUCUCAACCUUACUUCUCUUUCCAUCACCAACACCAACCUGUCUGCAGUACCUUACUCUGCUUUUAAGCACCUGGUUUACCUGACACAUCUGAACCUCUCCUACAACCCUAUCAGCACCAUUGAAGCCGGCAUGCUCUCGGAUUUAGUGCGCCUGCAGGAGUUCCACAUGGUAGGGGCCCAGCUACGGAGCAUUGAAUCACAUGCUUUCCAAGGGCUCCGAUUCUUACGCGUGCUUAAUGUGUCCCAAAACCUACUAGAAACCCUGGAAGAGAAUGUAUUCCAUUCCUCCAAAAGCCUUGAGGUCCUCUGCAUUAACAACAAUCCUCUGGCCUGUGACUGCCGUCUCCUUUGGAUUUUACAGAGGCAGCCCACUCUGCAGUUUGGGGGCCAGCCGCCCAUGUGUGCUGGCCCAGACAGCGUCAAAGAGAGGUCAUUCAAAGACUUCCACAGCACUGCUCUUUCCUUUUACUUCACCUGUAAGAAGCCCAGAAUACAAGACAAGAAGUUGCAGUACCUGGUAGUGGAGGAAGGGCAGACGGUGCAGUUGAUGUGCAACGCUGACGGGGAUCCGCAGCCCACCAUAUCCUGGGUCACCCCACGCCGGAGGCUGAUCACGACUAAAUCAAAUGGAAGAGCCACUGUGCUGGGAGACGGCACCCUGGAGAUUCGAUUCGCUCAAGACCAGGACACUGGGAUCUAUGUUUGCAUUGCAAGUAACGCCGCUGGCAACGACACCUACUCGGCCUCCCUUACAGUGAAGGGGUUUACUUCAGACCGUUUCCUUUACGCCAACAGGACCCCUAUGUAUAUGACAGACUCCAACGACACAAGUUCCAAUGGAACUAAUGCGAACACCUUCUCUCUGGACCUUAAGACAAUAUUGGUGUCCACAGCUAUGGGCUGUUUCACAUUCCUUGGAGUGGUUUUAUUUUGUUUCCUCCUCCUUUUUGUGUGGAGCCGAGGGAAAGGCAAACACAAAACCAGCAUUGACCUUGAAUAUGUCCCUCGCAAAAACAAUGGUGCUGUGGUUGAAGGGGAGGUUGCUGGACCACGGAGGUUCAAUAUGAAAAUGAUUUGAUGGUAUUCUGCUAGCAGUGCUUUUUCUGUGGCAUUAAAACCAAUUAAACCAGCCUGGCAUGUGGAAUUGCUAGGCAGAAGCAGCUUAAUGCAGCUGUCACUGUAUCAAAAGGUUACAUGAAAAUGGAAAGACUACUUGUGGUUAUACAGCAGAGCCUCCAGACCUUGAGGCAGAUAUGUCAGGGCCUUUCAUAGAACUGGUAAAUUGUAUUAACUGUUUGCAUUGCAAAUAUUGGCAUUCUGGGGAUAUCAGCAAUGAACCGCUGGCUCAUGCUCAUGGACAAUUGUUCAACAUUUUCUACCACUACAAAAAGGAAAAGAUAAAAAAAAAAGCCUACAGUGUAGGAUUUACAUACUUAAAGAAAAAGACACAUUUGUCUAAAACAUGUUCUACAGUGAAAUUUGUAUCUAUAGAUCUCAUUUGGUAAAACCUUGCAUCAUCCCUUCUGGUUGGUUCAACAACACAAAAAAUUAGUAGUUUUUUUU